AUGGAAUGCCCUAUAUGUUCAGAACUGUUUAACGAAGGAGAAAACUGCCCACGUUUACUACGGUGCGGUCACACUUGUUGUGAGUUGUGCUUAAACCAGGUUAUAGAAGAAAACCAAAUCACGUGCCCGACAUGCCGAAGCAUUUCAGUGACAACAGGCACAGCAAGCUUGCCAAAAAAUUAUACAGUUCUCGAGUUUAUAGCUAAUACCAAAUCAGCUGAAUUAGUCACUUCAGCAAGAUCAAAGCUCCCAACUCAGUGUCAAGAGCAUCCUGAAGAAAAUGUUAUCAGAUAUUGCAUUGAAGAUUCCAAGCCAGUCUGUGCUGAGUGUAUUUUAUUGCAUAAAGGGCAUAAGCUUGUAAAAUUAGAUGACCCUGUUCUAGAAAGAAGAUAUGAAGUGAAAAGUUUAAUUGGAAAAGUCGAAGAAAUGCUUGGCGCUGCUCAUAAGAAAGAAGAGGAAAUUGAUAGCAGGAAGGAACAGCUUGUACAGUCAACAGAGAAAGAACUAGCAAGGAUUGAUGGGUAUUUCGCAAGAAUUUAUGACAAGCUGGAGCAGAAAAAACAAUUUUUGAAAGAAAAAAUAGAAGAGGAAUCACAGAUGUGCGAAGUAAGGCUGCAGACAGAUUUAAGCGAAAUUUCACAGUUUUCCGGAGAGCUGCAACAGUAUUUAGGAAAUUUGAAUUCUCUAAAUGCAAAAAUUGAAUCUAUGAGCCCUUUGGAACUGACAAAUUCCAACUGGUCUCAUACAAUAACAUCAAGCAAGCGCGAGGUUCAUAUGCUACUCUCUCAGUCCCAAAAGAUUUCUAUGAUUGAUUCGACUUCAGUCUUAUCCUCACGAGCACUUUUCAACCCUAAACCACUUGAGCAAGAAAUCAAUAAAUUUGGCAUGAUUACUGCAGGUGCCGACAUAAAUAACCCUGCAAUCUAUUGUUUUGGGACCCAAAAUACAGUCCUCAAAUUCAAUUUGGCAACUCAGCGAUGGUCUCAAACUGUUAUACUAGAAACCAACGGAUAUGAUUUUAAGAACUUUGCAUCAGCUGCAGCUCUUCCUAGUGGAAGCAUUUUGAUUACUGGAGGCACAAAAUCCAAUGAAGUUUAUGAAUUCAAAGAAAACCGCAUGAUAAAAAGAAAUAGCAUGCUCCAUGUAAGGUCGUCUCACAAUGCAGUUUAUUUCAACGGCUUUGUUUAUUGUAUUGGCGGCUAUAAUGGCUCAUCAUGGCAUGAUAAAUGUGAAAAAAUUUCUAUAGAGACAUUUGACACUUUGCCUAUUGCAAGCUUAAACUACAGGAGAUGUGCAUUUAGCUCGACAAUAGCUGGCAAUGAUAUAUACUUGCUUUAGCGAAUAUAAGCAUUUACCAGUUGCGGUUAUCCUAUUUUUCAAAUAGUAAUAAAAAGCGGUUAACUGUAAAAAUAGCUUUAUUUUCUAUAAAAUAGUUAUAUAUGUAUUUGGCGGCUAUGAUGGAACCAAAUAUUUAGACAACAUUGAGAGAUAUAGUGUGAUUAAAAAUAAAUGAGAAACUUUACCAUGUGUUUUGCAUAGGUCGCUGCAAAACACUGGGGCUGCUUAUUACUCAGACAACAAAAUCAUGGUUGCUGGGGGAUACAAUGAAAAAGGGACACUUAAUGUCAUUAGAAGUCUUGAUUUAGAAACCUUAGAGUGGACAACGUUGCCAAGCAUGGCGCACACCCGGUAUCUUAUGAAUAAAUUUCAUUUCUGCUCUGGCUGCGUAUUUGCUAUAGGCGGCUCCGCACAAGGUCAAAAUAUCGAAUAUUACAACAUUGCUGAAGGCAAAUGAAUCUCGACAAAGCCAUACAAAGACUUUACCGACGACACAAUGUAUAAAUGGGCUGCUGUUAUAACUCAAGACAGCGAGCCAGCAAGAGGCCCAUAG